UUACUACAUGAACGUACUCAGUGCAAUACAAAGUUUCGCUAAUUUUGGCUAUUCGUUUUGAUUUUGAUCUUGUAUUUUUAAUUACUGUGAUUUUUAGUUAAAUUUUACAAUGUACACAGUUUCUAAAGGGCCCAGCAAAAUUGUAGCUAAAACCCGUAGAGGUCUUUCUCAAAAUUUAGAGAGGCUUGAUAGUCGCAAAGACCAUAACAGGAAGUCUUCAGAAUCUGAUAAUGGUGAAAUCGCCAACAUGCCCAGACCUGUAUUUCACUCAAAUGGUAAAAAGACAGUUCAUCAGCGAAUACCUCAUCAUGUUAUAACACCACAACAUGAGGAAAUUAUUAGAUUUAUAAGUGAAACCUGGGUUCAGACAGCAUAUGGAGAAAGUGAGCCUUCAUCACCUACAAGUACAAUAGAUUCUGGGAGCUCAUCGCCAGCUCUGGGCCCCGUGGUCUUCUACCAGGACGAGCCCCCGAGCCCCGCACUGCGGGACUUCAAGCCCUUCGACCUGGAGACCUGGUGGGGCAAGCGCCUCUUCCAGAACAUCACCAACUCCCUGUAAAGCGGGGAGCGGACUGUCCGCGACAGUUUGUAGACAAAUGACAGAACAAGCAAUUCGGUAGCAAAAGUCACAAUCAACUGUAAGUUACUAAAUUUUAAAAGCCUCUGUUGCACUUUGUGCUUAGUAAAUUCUUGUUGUGUGCGACUUUGAUCUCAAUGUAAAAGUUCUUAGGUUUCUGCCAUACAUAUUGAUAACUAAUUCUAGUAAUUAUUAGUAUUACCUGAAGACAAACCUGACCAAAGUAUAAUGUUAAUACAUAUCUCUCAAUUAUAAGUAAACACUAGUAUACGACUAUCUUAUCCAGGGUUUACUAAACCAUAUUGUACAUCAGAGGCAUGUAUCGUUUAUCAGCUUUCUAAACAAAUGCAAUUAUUUAGAAGCCUGAAACAUAUCAAAUUUCAGCAAACCGUUUCCAGGAAAAACAUUUUUUUAAGUACUAUCAGGAGAAACUUCCUUGACUACUAAAAUGUCAGGCUCAUUACCCCUUAUAGGUCUCCAUGCAGUGUAACAAGGUUCCUCACAAUAAAAUUUAAGAAUUUAGUAAUGUGUAGUUGAUUGUGAACAAUAUUAAGUACUAAUUAAGUAUAAAGUAAAAAUGGCCAUAAGCUCAAAUUUAUUUCCGAUCACAACCAUUUUCUAAAACCAAUAUUCUGUAAGUUAAUUGAAUUCGCAUAAAAUAAUUAAGAGUAAGAUAAGCAAAAUGCUGCCAAAGAAUGAAUAAUCACAAUCACAUCAUCACAAUAUUACAUAAUAGUUAUGUAUAUCGCAUUGUGUAAAUGCAUUAUCAUUUGCACAUACAGUGUGUGUAGUGUUUAGUGAAAUACAUGCAAUAAGAGUGGCCUUUACAUUUUUUAAAGACAUAGUUAAUAGACCACAGUAAUUUAUAACUAAUGAACAGAAUCCGUUCCCAUAAAUGAAACAUAAAUAAUGACCUAAUAACUGUUAAUAAUUUCUCAAUACAUUUGCAAAAAUAUUAUAAGUAAUAGUUACUUGUUUCCGCUAUUUUCCUUUUCUAUGGCUUGGAUCUAAGUAAGAUUAGAUAAUCUACAAAAAGUUUCUAUCUCCUAUCUUCUCUUUCACUUCAACUGGUGUCCGAAUAUAAUUAUGUACUAGUUAUGAAUGUUAAAAGUUACGCCGUUUACCUACAAAAUUUUAUUAUUGUUACAAAUAUACAUACUUGUUGUUAUCAGUAAGUACUGCUUGUACUUUAGCUGAUGGUUAUCAAUUUAUGAUAUUGUCCAUUUUUGUAAACGCUACUGGUGAAAAGUUUACUAUAUGUCCAAAUACACAUUAUUUUUCAUAUAGACAGUGCUGCCACCCUGCAGUAAGACCAUUGGAACGCCUUAAACUUUUCUUUAACAUCCUGCUGUGGUACAUAAACAGGUAUGUAAAAAUAAGUUUUUGCCAAUAUGUGACUUGAAAUAGAAUAGUAAAAUGUCCAUAUUUAAAAAACCGAAUUUAGUUUGUAUUUUGUACAUGACCUGGUUAUGCCAUUAUAAACUAUGGGUUCCUUUGAUUCCACUAUCUUCAGAGGAUGCUAUUUAUUAUAGUGUUUUACUGUUUUACUCAUCUCGUCAAAACAAUAAUAGUCUUCCAAUAAAAAGGUGUCAGCAUGAUCUAUGCACCAAGUUAUCUUUUGAAUAUUGGUUCCAUUGUUCUGUUUUAUAUGUUAUAUUGUGUUGUACCUACCUAUGUAUUUUAAUAUUUACUGUUAUAGUGUGUUAUGUGAGACAUUCCAAUAAGGAAUGUUAUAAGAUAUUUUAUCAACCAAAAUAGGUAUAUGUAUAUUCUUUAACAUCAUCAAAAAUAAUUAAUUAUGUACUUUUUUUAAAAUCUACUGUUUAAAAAUAUAUUUAGUACCAUGCCAUGACUGUAUCAUAAUGACAACAUUACAUGUGUGAAAUCAUGGUUGGGGUACUAUCGGAAAUUAUGGAUUUAUUGAUGAAAUAUCAACCACUGUUAUACAUAAUAUUAAUAUUGUAUAAGUACCUACCUACAUCAAAUCGAGUUUCUUGUUUAUUUUUACUUGAAAGUAUGUAUACCUAUGUACAAACUUUUUUGCCGUUGGUGCCUCUGAAUACUUUUAUUACGAAAUGUUAUGCUACAGUUCUAUUUUUUCUGAUUAAAAUGAUGAGUGCACGUGAAGAGGUAGUUAUAGUUUUUAUCCUUUUAGAUGAAAUGUUUUGAGUCAAUGUAGUUAGUAGCAGGAGAUAGAAUAUUUUUAGACUGAUUUAGUUGUAAAAGUUAUGCUUUUUGUUGUAGUUGAAUAAAUCAUCUGAUAAUGUU